AUGGACGAUGGGCACAAGGGCCAACCGUUAGAGGGAGACAGAGCAACACUGCCACAGCAUGCUCCUCCGCCGGCAUGGCCACCGCGGGCGGUGACCAGUCACGAGGGGCAGCGCCACCGGCAUAACCAACAUUGGUGCCUUUCAGACUCGGAUACACCACCGAACACCGAGGACCUGCUGACUGCUGCUGCUUGCCGCCUCUUCCCCCAUCCAGCGAGACCGCGAGCGCACGCGGGUCCCUCGCCACCUCCGCUGGACCCCCACACCGCUACCGCCAUGAUUAUUCACCACAACACCCUGGGGGUCAUCCUCCAGUUGCACCAACAACGGCACAUUUUCGUUUUUGACGAGAAAGUAAAUGGUGUCUUGGUCUACCAGGUGGAUCAAUUUGCCCACUCCUGGUUUGAACGUAGUCCGGCCAGACCCCAAGCCCCAGGAGCACGCUCCUCACUUGCCUGCCACAGCCUUUGCUUGUGUGUUUGCAAAGUAAAGUGUUGGCUUUCACAUGCUACUUGGGAGACUCUUUCACAGCUUUCCAAUUCAUCCACAGAGGUCCCAGGGCCUGAGCCUCUCCAGCAGGAGCAGGUGGCCUUUGGCAGUGGGGACACCGUGGAGCUGAUCUGCUCUCGGCCUGGAGGAGCCUCCACAGGCUGAACUGUUUGGUCUAAGGAUGGCACAAGGCUGGCAGCCUCCCACCGCAUCCUGGUGGGGCCCCAGAGGCUACGAGUGCUGAAUGCCUCCCAUGAGGAUGCAGGGGUCUAUAUCUGUCAUCAGCAGCUCCCUCAGGGUAUGAGGUACCGUUUCACUGUGCCUGUGACAGAUGCUCCAGCCUUAGGAGACGAUGAAGAUGGGGAGGAUGUGGCUGAUGACACAGCAGGGGCCCCUUACUGGACUUGACCGGACCAUAUGGUCAUGAAACUGUUGGCUGUGCCAGCCACCAGCACUGUAUGCUUCCACUGGGCAGCCGCCAGCAACCCCACCCCCUCCAUCUCCUGGUUGAAGAAUGGCAAGGAAUUCCGAGGGGAGCAUCACAUAGGGGGCAUCAGGCUUAGGCACCAGCACUGGAGCCUGGUCAUGGAGAGUGCGGUGCCUUCUGAUGGUGGCAACUACACCUGCGUGGUACAGAACGAGUUUGGCAGCAUUCAGCAGACUUACACACUGGACGUGCUGGAGUGCUUCCCACAUCGGCCCAUCCUGCAUGCUGGGCUGCCAGCGAACCAGACAGCCACUGUAGGCAGUGAUGUAGAGUUCCAGUGCAAGGUGUAUAGUGAUGCCCAACCACAUAUCCAGUGGCUGAAGCACGUUGAGGUGAAUGGCAGCAAGAUGGGCCCUGAUGGCAAGCCUCAUGUCACUGUACUCAAGACAUCAGGCACUAACACUGCCGACAAGGAGCUAGAAGUUCUGUCCUUGCGCAAUGUCACCUUUGAGGACUCAGGGGAGUACACUUGCCUGGCAGGCAAUUAUUUCGGGUUUUCCCAUCCCUCUGCAUGGCUGGAGGUACUGCCAGCUGAGAGAGAGGUGGCAGAGGGUAACCAGGCUGGCAGCUUAUCUGCGGGCACCAUCAUCUUCUGGGUGGGCUUCUCCCUCUCAAUUUUGAUGGCAGCAACUGUGACACUCUGCUACCUGCAUAGAGCUGCAAGAAAGGGCCUGGGCCCUCCUGCUGUUCACAGGAGUUCUCGAUUCACACCUGAGCGACAGGUGACCGUGGAGUCCUACUCCUCCGUGAACUCUGACAUACCCCUGGUCCAAAUCGUCCACACAUUCUCAAGAGAACAUACUGUUAUGGCUAAUAGUUCUGAGCUUGAGCUGCCUGCUGACCCAAAGUGGGAAAUAUCUAGAACUCGGCUGACAAUCGGCAAUCCUCUGGGAGAAGGCUGCUUUGGCCAGGAUUUUAUGGCAGAGGCUAUUGGCCUUACCAUGGACAGCACUGCCAAGCCUGUCACCGUGGUCGUGAAAACGCUGAAAAGUAAGAAGGGACAGAAGUAA